AGAUUUAUUACCAAAUCAACGGAGAGCUGAGCUCAGCCUCGCCCCGUGCAGACGAGUUGUAACUGGUUCUAUUGUAUUUCUAGCUCCAAAGACUUUGAGUUUCAUUUCUCUUCUGCUGUCAGCGAUGGCGUCUGCUGAUGUGAAAGUUGAACUGCAAUGUCCCGUCUGUCUGAACAUUUCUACAAAUCCUGUAACCCUGAGAUGUGGUCACAACUUCUGCCGGGUCUGUAUUGAUCGUGUGCUGGAUACACAGGAGGGGUCUGGAGGAUAUUCCUGUCCUGAAUGCAGAGAGAAGUUUCCGGAUCGUCCUGCACUGCAGAAGAAAAUUAAACCUUGUACCAUAGCAGAGACUUUCCUGUCUGCUCAGCCAGAUCAGGAGUCCAGGGUCUUCUGUACUUACUGUGUGGACUCUCCUGUACCUGCUGUUAGAUCCUGUCUACACUGUGAGGUUUCUCUGUGUGAUAAACACCUGAGAGUCCACAAAAAGUCCCCAGUACACAUCUUAUGUGACCCCACCUUGUCCAUGGAGAGCAGGAAAUGCUCUGUCCAUAAGAAGAUCCUGGAGUAUUACUGCACUGAGGAUAAGACCUGUAUCUGUGUGUCCUGCUGUCUGAUUGGAGGACAUAAAGGACAUAAGAUGAAGUCACUGGAUGAGGCUUCUGAGAAGAAGAAGGAGACACUGAGGAAUGUUCUGCAGAAACAUCUGACAAAGAGAGAGGAGACGGAGGAAAGAGUCCAGAGUCUGCAGGAACACAGGAGGAAAGUAGAAGAAGAAGCAGCUGGUGACACCGAGAGAGUCACUGUCCUGUUUAAAGAUCUCAGGAGACGUCUGAAAUACCUGGAGAAGAGAGUCCUGAGGGGCAUCUCUGGGCAGGCACAGCGGAUCUCCAUCUGCCUACUGGAUUUCAUCCGGGAUCUGGAAAUAAAGAAGGAGGAGCUGUCCAGGAAGGUGCGUCACAUUGAGGAGCUGUGUAACAUGACGGAUUUGUGUGAUACUGAGGAUGGAGAUAAUGAGGACAGAGAGAGACAUGAGAAGCUCCUCCAUGAUGGAGGGGGUCUGGGUGUGGCGGGGGUCUUACACACAGGUUUAUCUGAUAUAAUAACAGAGGUAAAUGUAUAUUUUUCUAUACAGGGAGAUGCAGACAUAUUAAUGGAUGUAAACACAGCAGGUAAUGAUAUACAGAUAUCAGAUGAUAGGAACACUGCUUCCAGAUCAGAUAUAGACCAGAAUCACCCAGAAACACCAGAGAUAUCUCAGGAUUGUCCUCAGGUGAUGAGCAGUCAGAGUUCCUCCUCAGAGAGUCAUUACCGGGAUGUCGGGGGAUCAGAGAGCUGGAGAGUUGGGAUGUGUUGCCCUGCAGACAUAUUAUUGGAUGUAAACACAGCUCAUAAAAAUCUACAGAUAUCAGAUGACAGGAAAACUGUAUCCAGAUCAUAUAGAACCCAAAAGCGUCCAGAAACACCAGAGAGAUUCCAGUAUUGUCCUCAGGUGAUGAGCAGUCAGAGUUUCUCCUCAGGGAGACAUUACUGGGAUGUGGAAGUCGGGGGAUCAGAUGAAUGGAUAGUUGGAAUGUGUUACCCCAGUAUAGACAUGAAAGGAAAGUCAGAGAUUGGAAAGAAUAAGAAGUCCUGGGGAUUGGACAGGUCUGGUGAUCAUUAUUAUGUGAUGAAUGCUAGUAAAGUGAUCCCCUUAGCUGCCAAUUUCUCCAGUAACAGAGUCAGGAUAGAUCUGGAUUAUGAGGCCGGGCGGAUCUCCUUUUAUGAUCUGUGUGACCCGAUCCAAGACCUCUACACCUUCACCACCACCUUCACUGAGCCCCUCCAUGCUGUGUUUAAUGUAAUGAAAGGUUGUAUAAAGAUAUGUGGGGGGAGAAGUGAGAACUCUGCCCAGAGUCCGGUGACAUCACAGGAAUGGGUGAUGGAAUUAGAUCAUUGAUUGGAGUAUGUGGUGGCUCCAUAGAUAGAGGAGCCACCCUAACACAGGAAUUGUGUUAUUGGCAGUAUCACCAGGGGAAAAUAAAGGAAAAAAAGGCCUAAGAUUGGUAAGCUUCAAUAUAUAUCAUUUUUGUUUUUGGGUUUAUUACCACUUUAAGUAUUUGCCCCAGAGAGCAAGAAUGCUGUAAAUAAGAAUCAGAAAAAAAUAUAAAUUCCUUAUCUCUAUACUUGUUCUGGGUCAGAGACUGAGACAGUAUUGAAGGCAAAGCAUCAGCUUGAAAGCCAGGGAACUAGCAUUCACAAACAGAUUUUAGCAAUGGCAGCCCCCAUGCUUCUAUCAUGACAGAUUCCCUUCAAAUAUAAAAUGUAAUUCAUUAUCUGACACAACGAUAACUGCAAGGGGUGUCUGGAUUCCAGGGACAGUCCCGGGACUUAGAGGUUUGUCUCUGUGAAUGUUGCUGAUUUUAAUCAUAUUUUUGUAUAUUUUUUUCUGUUAGGAUUUGCAUUACAGUUCUCCUUCAUGGUAAUAAUAAUCGGUGAUGGUUAUUUUAUUCUUAUGAAAGUAAAUUUGGGCUAUGUAUUGGUACCUCAUCCA